ACUGAUAAGAAAGUGUUGCCUGCCCAACCCACUGGUCUUCUUCUUUACCAGCUUCUUUUUACUACAUUCUGUCGCAAUGAUCACCGUAUCUGACGCCCUCUUCGCCAAGCUCGUUCUGCUUUGUAUCUUGCUGUGUAUCUUUGAGGAAACAGUGGCCGCUAUCUACCGAUAUGCCCUGUCCCGUCCUGUCAUCGCUGUUUCCGUUGCCCUUGUGGCCUUUGUCGUCCGUGCCGAGUGUUGCACUCAUGUGCGCACAUGGAUUCUUGAUGCCCCGUUCAAGUUGUUGUUGUUCCUCUCUUGGCCAUUUCCGCCAUUAGACUUCCCGCCGCUGCCUCCGCCUCCGCCGCCGUUGUUCACGCAACGUGCCACCACAACUUCAACUACUGCCACUGAACCUGUGCAUGCGAUCCGUCGGCCAAGUGUAAAGUAUGGUGGACAGCCUCGUUCUUCUAAUCCGGUAUGUAUUUAUCAUUGCUGGGAUAUUGACUGGGAGAUUGACUCUGAUGUUAAUCGUGGUGUUCUGACAACCGAGUACGUGCCCGCGCGACGUGCUGAGCACCUGGGUGCAAUGAGGAAUCCUGAGCCCCACGCGUUGCUCCCGACUGCUGCUGCGGCUUCCGCUCAUGUCUCUCAGCCGCACCAAUCAAUAACAACAGUCGAUAAUGCAAUUACUGUGGAAGAUGAGCACAUGGUUACGGUAAUGAUGGAGCAGUCUGCGGCCCCUCUGCUUUUGCAUGGCUCCCGUGUUCCUGAACCUGUCGACGUGGAUCAGUCUGCGACCCCUCUGCUUUUGCAUGGCUCCUGUAAUUCUGACUCUACUGAAGUGAGGAUAGAUCAGCCUGUGGCCCCUCUGCUUAUGCAUGGCUCCCGUGUUCUUGAACUUGUCGACAACCACGCGAUGCCUUCGUUGUCUGUUCCAGAUGCGCAUACGGCCGCUUCGGCGUGCUCGUCCCUGCCAUCUUCUUCCGAGCAAACCGCUGCUUCGGCAUGCGUGUCCCUGCAACCUCCAGAGCAUACGGCUGCUUCGGCAUGCGCGUCCCUGCCAGAGCAUACGGCUGCUUCGGCAUGCGCGUCCCUGCUAGAGCAAACGACCGCUUCGGCGUGUUCGUCCCUGCAAGAGCACACUACCGCUUCGGCGCGUCAGUCCCUGCUAGAGCACACUACCGCUUCGGCGCGUCAGUCCCUGCCAGAACACAUAGACGACACGCUCUCUGAUCGAGAUGUGCAGAUGGAGGAUCCAUCGUAUGACUUUGUGUCGUAUGAUGUUGGAGCCUUCAAUUCAAUGCCUUCUUCGGCUUUGUUGGUGGACGCUUCUGAUGUGCGGCAUGAAGGUGAUACUUCUGUCGAAAAUCCAUACUUUUUCGAGCAUACGACCGCUUCGGCGUGUUCGUCCCUGCAAUAUGAGCAUACGACCACUUUUGUGCGUUCGUCCCUGCCAUCACGACAAGAACGAUCGUGGCAUACCGCCUUGGGCGUGUCCCUGCCUGAUCAUGGUGAGGAAUAUCGCGCAGCCGAGGACUCUCCCGAGGACUCUCCUGCCGAUUUGCAGCCGAUAGAAGUUGAGGGUGAAUCCCCAACUCGGUCUGACCUCCAACGCUAUAUAGCGAUGACCGAUGAUGAGCUUUUAGCUCUCAUCAACCCCUCCCAAUCUGACAUCACCACCGACGCCGUAACCACCACCGCCACCCCAGAACCCGCCGCCUCUUCUCUCCCGCUCCUCACGUCAGAGGAUCUUGAUGCCAUCCGUGCUCAAGUUGCCGCCGAGGCCGAGGAAGAUGACAGUGGUUCCGUCUCUUCUCUCCCUUCUCUCCGUUCGGAAGAUCUUGCUGCUCUCCGUGCUCAGCUCGACGCUGACGCAGAAGAUCUUGCUGCUCUCCGUGCUCAGCUCGACGCUGAUGCAGAAGAUCUUGCUGCUCUCAAUGCUCAACUCGACGCUGAGGCAGAAGAUCUUGAUGGCUGGUUCGACGAUUUGAUCGUUGACCAGUAGGUGUUGUCCUGCGCGCUGCUGUGUGCAGCUUGGUGCGAUGUGGGUGUGGCAGUUUCUUUUUUUUUUCGUUUCGGUGCUUCGUGGUUCUGUCGGGUUUCUUCUCCUCCUCCUCCUGAUCCUCCUCUUGUUCCGUCCUGGUGUUCCUGUUGUGCGUUGCUGCUGUUGCGUUCUGUGCGUGCUUUUUUUUUCUUUUUUGGCGUUUUCCAGUGCGUCA